AAUGGCAGGUAAUCCUGUGGGGUAAAUCUAAAACACCCGCUUUUGACGUCACAUGUGACGUGUACCGUUGACCAAUCAAAUUUUCCUGCCGAGUUGAAAUUUAGUCGCUCCCGAAGUAUAGAUGUCGCUUCGAAUGGUCGUCUGCUGAACAUAUGAAAAACAUUACUGAAAUGGAAUUUGUGUGGGUGAUUGUCCAUUAAUUUUUUUUAAAUUUAUUUUCUUGUUAAAUUGUACCGUUUCACACCCGGAAUUACUCUUGCAGUCUAGUCUGUGUUAUCAAGUCAAUGUACAUGCAUUAAAAAAUGAAUAUUUUAAACCAAAAUUUGUUCCUUGUUGCAGUUUUUUUCACAGUUGAUGGAUUGGUUAUACCAAAAUAUGAUGGAUCGUCUAAGAGAGUCCAUGAAAAUUUCCUAAGUGAUGAAGAUCAUUAUAAUUCUGAGGAGCUUCAUAAUCCUGAGUAUGACCAUGAAGCUUUUCUUGGAGAAAAUGAAGCAAAAAAAUUUGAUGAUCUUUCUCCAGAAGAGAGCAAACGUCGGUUGGGUAAAAUAGUCGACAAAAUUGAUGCGGACAAGGAUGGGUUUGUUUCUAUGCAAGAGCUAAAAGACUGGAUUCAACACACUCAGAGACGAUAUAUUAUAGACGAUUCUGAAAGGCAGUGGAAGAAUUUGAACCCAAAUGAUGAACCUGAAGUUACGUGGAAAACGUAUAGAAAAGUGACUUAUGGAUACACAGAAGAUGCUAUCGAUGAUAAUGAAAAAGCUCAUUACAAAGAGAUGAUGGAGCGGGAUUUACGACGUUGGAAGAGAGCUGAUCAAGAUGGCAAUGAUUCUCUCAAUAAAAAGGAAUUUAUAGAUUUUGUACAUCCAGAAGAUAGUAACCACAUGAAAGAUAUUGUUGUGAUAGAAACAAUGGAAGAUAUUGAUAAAAAUAAUGAUGGAAAAAUUUCUUUGGAAGAGUAUAUAGGUGAUAUGUAUAAUGAUGAUGAUGAUCUGGAGGAUGAACCAAGUUGGGUGCAGUCCGAGCGAGAUCAAUUCAAACUCUUUCGCGACAAGGAUAAGAGUGGAUUCAUGGAAUUUGAAGAAGUCAAACAGUGGAUUCUCCCAGAUGAUUAUGAUAACAGUGACGCAGAGGCAAAACACUUGGUGUAUGAAUCAGAUAUAAACAGAGAUAAUCAAUUGAGUAAAGAAGAAAUACUGAAUAAAUUCGAUCUGUUUGUUGGAAGCCAAGCCACUGAUUUCGGAGAAGCUCUUGUAAGACACGAUGAAUUUUAAUUCAUUGUGCUUAAUACAGUCAAUAUUAAAAAAUCUUAUCAAUUUACAUACUCUUAGCUUUGUGCACAGUAAAUCUUUGUACUUAAGUUCUUAAUAACUUACGCAUUUUUGAAAGCUUUAUGUUUAGUUUUAAUAUAUUUCGUUAUACUUAAGUCAGUUUUGUUGCUCAUUUUGUUUAAGUUUGCUAAAAACAAUUCAUAAAUAAUUAAAACAACAGAGAUGUACAAUUUGGUUGCAUUUGUGGUUUUUAUUGCUAUCUGUCAUAAAAUAUAUAUGAAAUUAAUGUUACAAUGAUUGUUAGAUAAAUAUGAUUUUUCAGUUGCUGAUAUGCUUAAUUGUAUUUCACAAAAAUUGGUUUGUGUGUUCUAUCAUGGACUCUGCUAAGUAUACUCAGUGAUUAAAUUGUAAAAUAUUUACAUAUGAAAUGUUAAGUUUACAACUCACAUUGCUCUUCCAGUACAAAGACAAUAAGUGCUACAAUAUAUUUAUAUAAAUGGAAAAUUCAAAAUUGUAAUAACUUUCUACUUAAUGAUACUGUACAUAAUUUUAUACUUCUGCUUUAUGAAUAUUAUAGCAUAUUAUAUUU